GGUUUUGUUGGUAAAUAACGUUGGCAUUUUAACUCGUGUUAUGUUGUGCAGAGGCCAGACACGAGUAUUUCAAGCGGCGGGCCUUCUGUACUAAACUAUGUAAUCCCGCUAGUAAUUACCAAAUUAAUCGUGUUGCCAGAAAUGGAUGAAUUUCUAGCGUGACUUCAGGAAGCGUAUCAAAUCCAAAUAACAUUUCACUAGCAUCCCUGCUGCUUAAUAAAUGCCAUUCCAUUCGAGGCUAAUUAUUAACGGAAAUUAUAAAAUUUUCGGCACCUUUUUAACACACGACUUCACUCUAUAGUUUUUACUUUUUAUAUUUUCUACUAAAAACGAAAUUACACCCUGAGACGGUUCUUUUUUCCGUAAAGAAGUAUCUCCUCUAUUUACAAGGCAUUUCCGCCAUUAUUUAAUGAGCACUUAUAGGGGGGCUCAAACAUUGGCUAAUACACUGUCGUAUCAUGGGGAGGGGCGUGGAGUGGCUCCAAUGUAUAAUAUUAAUGUUCUCUUUAAUUAUCUUUUAUUGUUUUACGAGGCAUUCCACCCUUGAACUUAAUUAAAAUUUGGGGGGAAAACCAGUAUCAGCUUCUUAUUUUAGAGUAAGCAUAGGAUCAGAAAAGAGAAUGGCAUUAAUAGCUCGCAAUCUUUAUAUAUCAUUGAUCGUAAAUUCGGCGAUAAUUUUCGUGUUUUUAAAGAUUUAUUUUUUCCUUGUGGCGUUUUCUCAUGUUUUCAACAAACCGUCUUUGAUGGAUAGAACAAAUUGGAGUUUAUUUGUGUCCGUUUAGGAUGUUGAAAUAUGCAUCAAAAUGACGGGAAAGCGUGAGGCAUGACUAUAGCAUUGCGUUAUUUAUAGCCUUUCGUCAAGUGGAGAAAAUUUUAUUAUUCCAUGUCAAAGCUAAUGUCAUUGACCUAGUAAAUGCUCUCUUGUUAAAGUAUAAACUUGAAAUACAUGUCAUAUAAAAGACAUAGAAAACAGAAAUUCUAUUUGCAAAAUGUCUUUAUACUCGUAUUCUUGUGAAAAGAUAUCAUUUAAAAGAUCCUUUCUUAUUCUAGAUACAAUUUUCAAUAAUUUUUGAUAUAUGAUUUUUUUCCAUUAAAAUACUCUCAGUUACCUCUCAAAUGCGACCACUUGUUAAUCGGUCAUUCGGCUAAGCGCCAAGGGUGAUCGUGCCUCAUAGUGGUUCGACUUUAUUUCUUUUUCAUGUGCUUGCAUUCUUGAAUCUCAAAGAUUGCAUGUUUGCUAGUCUCGGCCUCAAUACUUUUUGUCUUACUCUUUACCGUGGGUCUUCGCGAAGUCUUGCCCAGUCGAAGCAGCCAGCAGCAAGCGCAAUACAAUGCUGCGGAUGGUCGUUUCCUGUCCCCCUAGGGCCUAUGUAAUCUAUCGCCCUCGUAGAAUAUAACCAACGGUUACAUUGAGCGAACAACAAUUGAGUUGUGGCUACUCCUCAUAAUGGAGUUUUCUUAUGUCGACACCUUUACAAAACGGCCACUAUUGGGGCUCCUAGGGGUACCCAUUGCAUAUUUAUUAUGUUGAUACCUCUAUAAAACGGACAAUUUUAGUUAAUGGUUUACGUUUGUGACAUUAAUGGUCGCAUGCUGAUCACGUUGAAAUGUAAAAAUUGUUGUUACAACUUUUGUCGUACUACUUUUUUUUCGAAGACAUUCAUCUUUAAAUAUAGUCAUCAACUCUCUCCCCCGCCCCUCAAAGAUCAAAUAGUCCGUCUGUAAACGAUGUAUUUUUUUCACAAGUCUUUUACAUUUCCCUAUUAUUACGUAAAUCUUGAAUUAUCUUUCCCUACUUUAAGUAGGACUUUAAAUCAGCACAUGUACAUUUGUAACCUCGUUCAUACAGAAGCUAAGUUCUCUUAUUGUCGGUUAUUCAAUAAAACAACAGUGUUGUUCUCAUUACGCGCAGACAUAUCGCUUCUGCUCCAGGAAAUUGAACGCUUCUCUUUCCGUUCUUUUUGACAGUGAUUGAGAAUGCAUCGAACAAAGGGCCAGAUAUUCCAACCAUUCUAUUUUUUCGCUAAAAAUUACUUCAAUUUAAAUAUGACACUGUUAGGCUGAUGUUUUUUUUUUUUUUUUAUUCGCCAUCUGCAUUUGAUAGCGUCGGAUCAUACAGUGUCUCUAUAAUAGCUUCUUAUGAAACAAAGUUUCUGAAAAGCACUUCCAUUAUGCCCCAUAAGUUGUCAGUCUGAGAAUAUGAAUGAUAUUUCUACCAUCUCUGGCAUACUAGGCAGUGCCUUUUCUAAUACUCAAACUUGAUCUAUUUUUGCAUGGACUGCAGCAAUUGCUCGCCCACACCCGUUUAGCGGCAGCACGAUCAGAAACACCCGAUAAAUUCUAGAUAAACCAUACAUAUUUUGCGAGUGGGAAUAUGAACAAUAUUGGUAACUGCCAUCUUUAUAAUUUCCAGUUAGAAUAUUAUUUUGAUCAUUGUAAUGGAAAUGUUGUUCUUUCAUUAUAGCUGGCAUCUUGAGAAUGUUUUACAAGCUGAGUCGUAUUUUGCAUCGUCAGUCUUAGCCUAAGGCGAGGAAGCGAACCCUUUGAACACUUAUUCUAAAGUUUGCCCUAAUUGCUGCACCAUUGAAAUCGGUUAAACAUGGCGUAUAUCAAUGUCCAGUUAUUCCUUUUUUUUACCGCAAGUAAAUCUUAAAUACUGUUUUAAUCCCCAUCUAAUCCCGUUUGCCAAAAAAACAUAUUUCCCGCGAUAGAAUUAGACGUGCUUCUGUCAAAUCUUUCUCCGGUAAAAGGCUGUCUAAUACGGCUCCUUGAAGGACAGAAAGCGUGAAAACGAUUAAGACGAAAAGCUCGUAUUGCAUUAAAGUUUUCGAGAUUCUGAAACGCCAUCCUAUGUUUCCGGUGUCGGCAGCUGCCUUGCGGUGAUUUUAGUCCAUGUUUUCGUACGAGGGAGGGGAUUAGAAUACUCUGGGGACCUAAAUGACGUUCUUUCUCAGAAAAACUAAACAAGCCGCGUUUUUUAUAAUAGUUCUACGUUCCGAAAACUUCCAAAUUAAAUCAAUUAGAUGUCUAUUUUGUGAUAAUAACUAGGUGAGAAUCCCAUUAAAUUCCAUGUCAUUAUUUCUGGUAAAGAGAUGAGGUUUUUUCCAGCGCUUGCUUGACAAUUUGCUAGUUGAUGUCCGGAUAUUGGUUCUUGAGUUCGCCAUUAGGGUUUUUUAUUUUAUUUUAUUCACGGCCAACAUACAACCACACUAAUGUCAUCUUUUAACAAGGUAGAAAGUCAUGAAUAUUACCCAUUUUAAUCGCCCUAUCUAUAAUUGGACAUUAGUGGCGAUUUAAUAUGCCAAAGAUAAAAAAAAGCGUUAUUCUGGAGACAGUUAUUAGGAAAUUUUGAGUAAAAUAUGCAAUUAGAAGGAAAACAAAAUGGACAGUGCGUGACUCUGCCUCUGAUUGUGCACUUGUGCAUUCGUUCGUAUGGUGUACGCGUUCUAAGUGUGUCCUUGGUGACAAACGACCUAUCGUGCUUUUUACACUUAGUGUGCGUCUCACCGUGAGUGAUCUCCACACCGUGCCCCAGCGACAACAGCUCAUCACCUAAUAGUCGAGCAAGUCAUAGUUUCGCAGCAGUGCUUAAUCCUUCACCCAGCGGGUCGAGGGAAUGACCAACUGCUAAUCACGCAUCAAUUCGUUUCUUAGCUCCACUAUCAAUACACGAAAUAUUUACCCCAGCGUCACUAAAAACACAAAAGUUCAACCGGGCUUUUAUUGCUUGUAAUCCUCCAUAACGUUUUCGAUGCGGUAUCGUUAGCUCCUGUCACCCAUGAACAAUUUUUGUUCCUUCUUUUUGCGCGAGAAGCAGUUUCUAGUUAAGGCACUCUUUGCAAGAAAGCCAAUCGUUUCUCGAAAGUACGCCCUCUCGACGGGAACUCACAUUUUUCCCAUUUAAUAGGCGUACUGAUCUCAUUGGAUUUACCAGCUUUGUCAGCCGAGCUCCCGAAGAUUUUAUAUCGGACAUAGGGCAGUGGCAGACUGAAAGGGCCGACACAUUUAUUCCUUUUUAUCGCUAGCUUGUGACCACAUCGGAGCGAUGCCAUGAUAACUCGCAGACUACAUGGAUUACAGUAUUUUCUUAAAUAAUAGACUAUAAAUAGAAAAGGGGCUUUAUCAAUUUGAGAUAGUUAGUCCGAACGUGAUGAGCAUCAGUGAUAGCCCCCGGUGAUUGCAUCAUUAAUUAUGCUUUCCAUUUGACAUGGCUGAGUAAAGAGCGGAGCGGUGCAAUAUGCUAAUAAUGAUUGGUACAUGAUUAAAAAGAACUGAGACUACGUAGACUCGCAUACAGCUUAUAGCGUCGGUCGUGCUCGGACGUUCUUGUUCACUCGCAGUGCACCACAAUAGCGCUGACACAGUCACCACGCAUAGAUAUCAAGAUCGUUUAGAGAUAAAUCCUUCCAUACGGUGCAAAGCCUUUUAGUUUAUCACUUCUGCGGGGAAGGUGUUGAGCUCUUUUGCUGGAUCGUUGCACGACGGCGGCGGAACGGACGAGGGAUUACGGAGAGCAGUGCGCGUAAGGGAACACGACCCUUCAACAUCCCUGGCGAUUUGAUAAAGAAAGCAAUAAUGUUUUUUGUAAUUUAGUCGGCUGUCACUUUGCCUCACCUAUAACCUCCACUCGAUUUACGUCGGAAAUCUAAUACGCCAGGAUUAAAUUCCACAAAAAUCGCCAUUUCGUCUUGUCAUCGCGACGGAUCACUAGGCUCGCUGGGAAGCAGGAGUGAGUAGCGACCUGCUUGGGAUCGCGUACAACUUCCACUCGGGACUAGAGCAUUCAACUGACAAGUGGACUGGAGGUUUGUUUAGGCCUAACGAUGAACGGCACAGGGACUCUGGAGCUUUCCCCCAAGCCUGAGAUAAUAGUAUUCUCCAUCAUUAAUAUGAUCUUCAGCGCUGCAGGGACGAUUGGAAAUACUGUCGUUUGCAUCGUGAUAUUCGCCAACGUCGAUCUCCACACUGUCACAAACUACUUCAUCUUCAGCCUCUCGAUUGCGGAUCUGCUAGUGUGCACCGUCGCGCAGCCUAUGUACGUAGCGUCUUUGCUCGGCUUCGUGGACGGCCGAUUUGUCAGCAUAAGAAGGAUGUUCGCGUUUGUCUCAGUACUAGCAUCAGUGAGUAACCUCUGGGCCGUCACUGUCGAUCGUUUUCUUGCAAUCUCCUCGCCGCUCAAGUACCCGCGCAGACUUAGCGUUGCGCGCACCAAACUUGUGCUCUUUUUCAUAUGGACAACCGCCUGGACGUUCGGCGGCGCUGCGGCGUUUUUGCGUAUCAUGCGACAAGUGGUCCAGUACUACACUAUCAUCAUGAUCGCGUGCAUUAUCCCCAUCUAUGUGCGAAUAUUCUACAUCGCGCGCAGGCAUGCGAAGCUUAUAACGCAACAAGUAUCGUACUUUAACAGACCGCAGUACGCGGCGGUGAAGAUACGCAAAGAACGCGAGAAUAUCGCGGCCAAGACAGUGGGCACUGUGCUCAUCGUGUUUGCGUUUUGUUGGAUGCCCCUUGAGAUCUUACCGUUCUUCUACAGGAUUAAUCCCAAGAACGUGCAAAAGAUCUUCGUUUACGUGAACACUCUUGCACUUUGCCAGUCGGCUCUUAAUCCGUUAAUUUACAGUUGGAAAAUGGAAAGCUUCAGGCGAAAGGUUAGGAGGGUUCUACGGCUCAGCCUUACCGGGGACAAUCAGCACUCCUCGCAAACCAGGAAUAACUCGUUACGAACUACGGCUAACGAGGAAACCACAAAUGUAUGAGCCCCAAACUUAGAGGCCAGGGUUAAUAACUAUGAACGGAAAGCUUUGAAUUCGGUGGGAAUAUAUUUAAGACAGCAAAGCUUUCCGGUUCGCUUUGGUCCACUUUGACUGCUCUUGUAUUUGGCUGCCUACCCAGAUUCUAGAUUUCUAUGGCAACAGUAAGCUACGAGAAAAGAUUACAUAGGAGGUUACAUAGGAGCUCAACAUCUUGAGAAAAGCUAAUAAACAAAUGGCUUCACAAAGCAAUGGUGGGUAACCCAGGAGUAGGAAUACGUAAUUGAGAGCGAAAAGUCCAGUGAAGAUUUCCGGUGAUAACAGCAGCUAAACAUCUUGAUUAUGACUAAGAAACAAAUAGCAUAGCAAACAAAUGUUUGGUGUAUUGUGGGUAUCAUAGAAGGAGGUUCGAGAGGUAUGGGAGAGAUGAUUAGAGCAUGGCACUUUCACGCGGAAGCAACAAGCGAUAGAUGAAAUGCAGAUACAGCCAUAACGUUUAGCUAAGCAAAGAAGGACGGUCGUGAUGGCAUAUCAUUGGAUAAUCGUGUUUACACAUUACACUUUACGCUCUUGAAGUCACGCGAGUUUAUGGAGUCGGUAGAGCUGUAGUUAUCAGAUGCACCGGGUGAUCCCGGACAUGACUGGAGAGCGAAACAAAGGUGUUGCCUACAAUUAUGCCAUAAUCAACAAUACCACAUAUAAAACCGCCAUUCCCAUGGCAAUAAAUACAGCAGAUAGUCAAAACCUUUCACUGUAAAUAGAAUCUGUCUCCUUAGGUGUUAUAAACCAGGGACGGAGAAAUAUAGUAAGUGCUCCUAGCCUCACUACGCUUCUGUAUAUAGAAAGGAAUUUUCAGUUGACUUCUCGGUUAACCUUCGUAUGCUAGUAUCACACUGUACAGACGUAUCAUGUAUACACUCCUGCACCUUCAACGCCUGAACUAGAAACACCUAACGGUUUGUAUUAAUAUUUGUACAGUAUUCCUUCACGCGUGUCGUAUUCAAAUCAUCAAAUAAAUCUACUAUUCGGAGACAAAA